CGCGUUUGAACCGUCACGCGCAUCGCAGUCUCUCCGAUUUUUGUUUUCAGAUCGGCUUUGAAAAGUGCUGAAUUUUCUCGUCUGAAUUUUUGGGUUUCGCGGUUUCAGUGGUUUAUCCCAUUUUCGGGUUGUUUUUCUCUUUUGUGCUUUUUUAUGGACAUUACGCGAAUGUUUUGCGACGGAAUAAACGACGACAUGACUUCCAUCGUUGAUUAUCAUCGGAGCGAUCCGAUCCAGGGAUUCUUUCAAAUGUCACCGCUGGACAAUGACGAUCCCUAUCCGACGAUUCUCGAUAUGGAUACAACCGAGAAUAAAGAAUGUCCUUACAGCAAGAGAGGAUGCGAGACCGCAAAAAAAAAGUUCUUUCUAGGGGAAGAAUUUGAUGAGGCUGAUGGUAAUGCUUGGUCCACGAAACCGAUUAAAGAGUGGAGCCAGGGGGAUACGAUAAACUGGCUAAUGUCAGCAGCGUCACAUAUGGGGCAGGCGUAUUGCUCGAUUCAACAUACUUUGGCCAUUCCUGGAAGAGAUCUUAUCACAUUGACUAAACAAGAUUUCAUAUUUCAUGAUCGAGCUUAUGGGGACAAGCUUUAUGAUCUCUUGCAUUCACAGAGAGUCUCUAAUUUUUCGCCACACUUUCCAUCAAUUCACCAGACCUCCGAAGAUGAGCGCACACACACAGGAUCGUCGACUGUUUCCGAUGCAGAGUCUGAAGACAGUGUGGAAGUAUCGCCGAAAAGGCCGGGCCCAGGCCGACCGAAGGGGUUCAAACAGAAAAAAAAUUCAACGAGUCAAGGCAAACUGUGGGAAUACAUUAGAGACCUUCUCAGAAAUCCAGAAACCUGUCCGAGUCUCAUUUGUUGGGAGGAUUACUCUCAGGCCAAAUUCAGGUUCGUCAGGAGCGAUGAAGUGGCGAAACGCUGGGGUGCGAGGAAGGGAAAUACUAAAAUGACUUAUGAGAAACUGAGUAGAGCCAUGAGGUAUUAUUACAAAAGUAAAAUCUUUCUACCAGUCUUGGGACGUCGGCUAGUCUACCAGUUUGGCCCCAACGCGAAGGGAUGGGAAACGGACAAUCCGAACUUCCGUCGAUGAAUCAUAAGACAGAAAAGAAGAAGGGAUGAAUGGGGAUGCGAUUCUGUUACGUUCCCUGAGCGAACAUAAACACGAUGUUGGGCGCUCGUUACUUACUUAAGAGUUUUUCCUCAGGAAGAUACUUACCAAUUCAGUUUCCACUUGAAGAAUUGACAAACUGAAGCAGUGAUUACGUUCAGAUUUAAAUUUACUAUAUUGUUGUUUGUCGAUUUAUGGAAAUGAUUUAUCUACAUAGAAGAUAUCAUCUAUUGAUAACAUUGGUACAUCGAAAUUCAGGAGCUCAUGAAUUUGAAAUAGUGAUCUUUUUUACUUUUUACAUUCCUCUAUUUUGAGUUACAUUUCGUCUUACUUUUAUCCAACAAUUAUUUAUUGUGGCAAUGCGCACAUGUGUGAAAAAAUUCAAUAGACAAACCGCGUUUUCUCAGAGGAAUUCUAUUGAAUUUCUCUAGGAACUUCAUCAGA